AUGGAGAUUGUCCAAGAAAAGAUUGAUCUAUUGCUAAAAAUUGGACUAGGGUCUUUUGGAAAAGCUGAUUUUUCUCUUGCUAAAUACACUUGUAUCACAUUGCAACAUCUUGGUGGAAGUAAGACUAAAGUAAAAGGUUCGUUGAAUAAUGAUUCGAUUUGGUUGCCCAUGUCCCAUCAAAUCUUUCAUCGAUUGAAACAGAUGAUUGAAAUUCAAACAACUUCGCAAGAAUGGUAA